UUCCAGCUCUAGUGUCUCAACAUCAUCAACCACAGAAGAAAAUCAUAAAUCGAAAGGCAUCUUCACAUCAUCUUGAAAAAUGAGAGUCCUCUUUGCUCUUUUUUUGGUGGGAUGUGUGUGCGGUGUACCUCAAGGACUAUGGGUCAGAGUUGGAGACAAAAGCUUCCCACUGGAGGCUGUGAAGCAGCUCAAGAAAAUCAUGGAAUUAGAUGAAAAUCUUGGUUCUCACUCUGACGCACACACUUUCAAGACUGUGUGUGCCAACCCUCUCGUGCCGCAGGUGUUUCGACCAGUGUGCCAAAAGGAUGAAGAAGUAGCCGUUUUCUCAAGUCUAAUGGUUAUAAAUAUGAAUGAGUGUGAGAUAUGUGCCAACCCCGCCUGCGCUGGAUGUGGAUAUUGAGGCUGCCGUCAGCUAGACACACACCUCCCCUGAGAGUCUCUAAGGUGUCAUCAUCCAUUGUUCUUCUACAUCUGGGAGUCAUGGAGUCUCAGCAAGAAGUUUUCAAGUAUUCAGAACUGUUAACUGUUAAUUAAUGUAAGGGGAAGAGGGGUUGUGUUAUAUAUAAAUUCAUUGCAAAGCAAAACUGUUGAUAAAAAUGAUAUUUAACGGAAAUCUGGUGGAAUGUGUAACUGCAGAACUUAAGCUGGAGAAGUAAAACAAUGCUAAGCUGUAUAUACAGAUCCCCUGGAGCUUGUGUGCAAGUUUUUAUAGACAAAAUUAUAGGUUUAUAUGACAUUAUAUGCAAUAAUAAGAUGCUCUUUUUCUCUGGAGAUUCGAUGAUGAUUUACUCAAUCAUUAAGGACACACACAAGCUGAAGAAUUUAAUAACAUAAUGUUUUGCAUAAGUUUGUUUCCUACAAUUUCACAUCCAACUAGGAUAGAAGUAAACGAUGCUGUCAUAGAUAAUAUAUUCUCAUAUGAUGCAGUUGAGAAAAUUCUCAGGGGUAUAACCAUGAAUGAUAUAAAUGAUCAUCUGCCAUUUUUUUAGAUGUAGAAAAUAGAAAUAUCAUUGAGAAAGACGUCAGAACUAGCAGGAUAACAAGAUGUAUUAAACAUAGUUAAAGCUGAUAUGAUUAAACAAGCCUGGAGCAGCUUGUUCAGAAGAUGCAAAUGAGGUAUAGAAAACUUGGGGGAAAUAAUAACUGACUCAUACAAUAAAAACUGCAGAAAGAAAAAUUAAUCGUCUAAAG